GCUUUUCCGGGCGGAACUACAUCUCCCAUGAUGCUCCGCGCGCGACUCCACUGUUCAUAUCAAUAUGGCUUCUGUCAGUCACACAAAGGCAAAUGAUAUUUUGCUGUGAAAUGCGGGCUUGCUGAUUAAAGAGGACGGCAGAGAGACGGAGAGAGAGACUCGGAGGGAGGCUGUCGGUCAUGUCGCGGUGUGUUUGGUGACGGAGGGACUUGAACGACGCGGUGGUGGUUGUUGUUGUUUUGUUUUGUUUUUUUGCUCCGGGACUAAAAGAAAAUUACUGCAAAAUAAAUUAAAUGUUAUGGUGGACGGAGGCCCAGCUGAAGAAUGUCACAUUACACCGACGAGCCUCGCUUCACCAUCGAGCAGAUCGAUUUGCUGCAGCGGCUGCGCGGGAGCGGCAUGACCAAGCAGGAGAUCCUGUGCGCACUGGACACACUGGAGCGCCUGGAGCGCGAGCACGUGCAGAAGUUCGGCCCGCGCCACUCCUACGCAGGAGGGACUCGAGGAGUCAACAGCCAUGGCAGCUCCAGUUCUGUUGCUCCGUCCAGCACCGCUCCUACUCUGUCCUCGUCCGCCAGCGUGGCCACGCAGACCGUUUUCCACGGCGGCACUCCGUCCCCGUCUCCAACCAGCUACGACACCUCUCCGCCCCCGACCAUCGCCGUGCCCAUGGGCGUGGUAGCGCCAGCGGCUCAGAACGGCCGUGACUGCUUGGCGCCCGUCAGCAACGGGAAGCACUCGCCUCCCCAGUACCCCGUAUCCGCUCGGGCCUUCGGCUUCGAACCGGCUGAGGAGGAAGUAGACAUCGAUGACCGGGUGGAGGAGCUCAUGAGAAAGGACAGUAAUAUAAUCAAAGAGGAGAUCAAGGCCUUCUUAGGGAGCCGGAGAAUUUCGCAAGCCGUCGUCGCCCAAGUCACAGGCAUCAGUCAGAGUCGGAUCUCCCACUGGCUCCUGCAGCAGGGUUCCGAUCUGAGCGAGCAGAAGAAGAGAGCUUUCUACCGGUGGUACCAGUUGGAGAAGACCACGCCCGGAGCCACUCUGGCUAUGAGACCCGCCCCCAUGGCGCUGGAGGACAUCGUAGAGUGGCACCAGAGCGCUCCACCCAUCAACUGCAGCCCCGGGAGCUUCCGUCUGCGCCGCGGCAGCCGCUUCACCUGGAGGAAGGAGUGUCUCGCCGUCAUGGAGAGUUACUUUAACGACAACCAGUAUCCUGACGAGGCCAAGCGGGAGGAAAUCGCCAACGCCUGCAAUGCUGUGAUACAAAAACCAGGAAAGAAGCUUUCCGAUCUAGAGCGGGUCACGUCUCUGAAAGUGUACAACUGGUUUGCUAACCGGCGAAAGGAGAUUAAGAGAAGAGCCAAUAUAGAAGCAGCAAUCCUGGAGACUCAUGGGAUCGACGUGCAGAGUCCAGGCGGUCAGUCCAACAGCGACGAGAUCGACGGCAACGACUUCAGCGAGCCGGGCGCCGAGCCGGGGUUAGGGACGGUAAGGAACGUAUUUAACUCCGCUUUUAAUAAAUACUGCAGGUUCCACUGUCACAGCGUCUUUACUUUUGACACUGAACAUAAGACAAAUUCAGGAACUGUUACAAAACUGAUUGCAUUUUUUUUUGUUAAAAGAGAGCCGUGGCCAGAGGUUUUGGUUUCAGUGUCACCCCCCCACCCCCUUCCAGGUGCACAGGACAUGCCUAGAGCUGGAAUACACUCUAUACUUACAUUACAUAACCGCAAUGGAGCUUUCAAGGCCUCAUGAUGGGCUCGAGUGUGACUUUUUCCACCGCACAUUGCACCGGAACGCUGAACCUCGGACUUGAUAUCUUUCACGAGUUUGAGCUCGGCCAAUAAAAGAUCAGAUAAAACAGCUAAUCAGACAAGUAAAUCCAAGCUCUUGUGUUUCAGGGAACACCUAAAUACAGGAGUCCUGACAACUCAAGUAUCUUUUUUUUUUUUAAAGUUCUGUUGGUUCCCGCUUGGGCCACUUCCUGUCUUUGAAAGUGCAGUGGAAAAAGAAAAAAAGAAAAGAAAAGAAAAAAAAAAGCCCUAAAAGGCCACUCUUGCGUUUGUAGGUACCAACUUUGAUCUCUGGUUGGUUGGAGCAUCCCAUGGGGGCGGGGCUGGGCUCAAGCAGUGGGGGCGGGGCAUCGAGCUGAUUGGCUUCAGACUGACGGCUG